ACAAAAAUUUUAUCUCGGUACUCAUCUCUAAUCGUCGGCGCAGAGAGAAAUUUCUUGCCUCCGAUUCGUCGACGUCCACCGGCCGGGGGAACAUCGAACAUCGGCGGCACGAACGGAACUAUACCAUGAGAUUGAAGGAAAAUCAACGGAGAAGUCUGCAUAAAUUUUCUCUGCAGAUCAAAAGCGGAUAAAAUCUUCGAAGUUCCGUUCUCGCUUAUCCAAUUUAGAUUCGACUUCCACUAGGUCUCUGUUGUGAUGACUUCACCUGAACAUGGUCGGAGGUAUGUAAAACGGGACACAGAGGAUAGUUCAGGCAUGAAGAGUGAUAGUGACAGAGAAGAUGAAGAAUGGGAAGGUGAUGACAAGAGGAAGCACAGGUCAAGCAAGUCAAGGAGGUCUAGAAAUGGAGAAGAGAUUGAAGGGCUAGACAACAGUGGGAGGAGAACAAGCAUUGGCGACGGGAAUGAUUUUAGGAAGAGGUCAGGCGAAUCAAGCAGAGUGGGCAGAGUGGGUAGUGAUGAAGAGGACCAUGUGACUAGAGAGAAAUCACGGUCUAAGCAGACGAGGAGACAAGAAGAGAAUACAUUGGAGAAAUUGAGCAAUUGGUAUCUAGAUGGAGAAAUAGAGAAUAAGCAUGAUACUGGAGACAAAUCUCGAAACAGGGGACAUGAACAAGUUGGUGACGUUGAGAGAAGAGAAUCAACAUCCAAUUUCUCAGAGUCUGAGAGGUCUCAGAGCAAAAUGAAAGGCAAUGCAAGACCCCAUGACGGGGAGCCUGAAAGUUCAGUAGAUAAAGAUUCUAGGUACCAUGAAAGAAGGGAAAAUAGUGAAGUGAUGGCCCAUGAUUCUUCAGGGCAUGAAAGAAUCACUAGGAGAAGAUGGGAUGAAUCCGAUGCAGUCCGGAAAGCUGAAGAAAAUGGUUAUCUUGAAAAGUCUGAUUACAGAAGUGGCAAGUCUUCUGAUCGUAAACAUGAGAGUGCUAGAGACAGAAGUUUCUCUGCACAAACUGAAAUCAGUCAGAGCAAGAGCAGGGAUUUAGAUUCCAACAGUAACAAAGACUUGUCAUCCCAUGACAGGGAAGAUAGACGUGUUGAUUCUGAUAGGAGAAACAGAAAGGGAAGGCCAGAAGCUCCAGAAGAAGGCAACAAGGCUAGUAUGUUGACUGGUGAAGAUACAUCAGUUAAGAAGAGAACUGAGGAUCAUAAACAGCAGAGCAUUUCAAUCAGUCAGGAUAUUGCUGAAACUCAUGAGAGGUCUUUUAUGGUUGAGGAGGGAAAUACAUGGGCAAGAGACAAAAGAAAAGAAGUGGAUCACUCAAACAGGUCCAGAACCCCUGAGAGGAGUGGCAGGAAUCGUUAUGGAUCAGAGAAACCUGACAUGAAUUACGAGCAAAGCAAUUCUUUCAGGCAGAAGGAACUAGAAAGGGAUGUUUAUAAUGAAGACAGAUCAAGAGGGAGAGUUGAUGGCUGGGGUGAUAGAAACAGGGACUGGGAUGGUCCUAGAGAUAGUUGGAAAAGAAGGCAAAGAAGUGGCCAUGAUAAAGAGAUGAACGAUGGGGAUAUUGUUUCUGAUCAUGGUAGGGAAAGGGAGUCGCAGAAACGUGGUCGUCUCACAACUGUGAUAGAGAUCCAAACCAAGCCUUUUGAUUAUGGAAGAGAUGAGUCUGUAUCUAGUUUUGUGAGGAGAAAUGAAGUCGGUCAGCGCUCUGAUAUGACAUUGGCACCAAAUAAGGAGUUGUCUUACCCUCUGGAUGAUGGAGCAAGAAGUGUUGGUAUAGGAUCUGGGUCAUCUGCUGAUGACAUUGAUGCUGAUAUCCCAGCAGCGAUGACAAGAGGCCAGAGUUCUGCUGCUGCUGGCCAAAGUUCUGGUAGUGGUUCACAGCCUCCAUUGGGAAACCAGGAAAACAUUUCCUCUAGUAGAACUUUUUCCCAAGGGGUUAAAGGAGUUAGAGUUGGGAGAGGAUGGGCAAGGCCUACUGGAAGAGAGAACCAACAGGUUGGAGUCCCAAUGCCCAUGAUGGGAUCACCUUUUGGACCGCUUGGAAUGCCACCUCCUGGACAUAUGCAACCACUAAAUCCUAGCAUGCAUCUUGGUCCUGUUCCUUCGAUGUCACCCGGUGUUUUCAUUCCACCAUUUUCACCUCCUGUUGUUUGGACUGGACCUCGAGGUGUCGAUGUGAAUAUGUUAGCAGUUCCACCUGGUCUCCCACCCCUUCCUUCUGGAACACCAAGAUUUCCUCCUAAUAUUGGGACUCCACCAAACCCUGGCUUGUAUUCAAAUUAUCCUGGUGCUGGAAGAGGAGCUUCUCCAAACACGUCAGCUCCUGGUUUUAAUGCUACUGCGCCAAUGGGGCGAGGGCAGCAACAAGAUAAAGCCUCUGCUCCUGGAGGUUGGGUGCCUCCUAGAACUAAUGGACCUGCUGGAAAAGCUCCUUCCAGAGGAGAGCAGAAUGAUUACUCUCAAAAUUUUGUUGAUACUGGAAUGCGCCCUCAGAAUUUUAUUAGGGAAUUAGAACUUACUAGUGUUGUGGAGGACUACCCAAAGCUUCGAGAGCUCAUACAAAAGAAAGAUGAGAUUGUUGCAAAUUCUGCUUCCCCUCCAAUGUAUUUUAAGUGUGAUCUGAGUGAGUUUGACCUCUCUCCAGAGUUCUUUGGAGCCAAGUUUGAUGUCAUCCUUGUGGAUCCUCCUUGGGAGGAAUAUGUUCACCGGGCUCCUGGUGUCACUGACCAUAUGGAGUACUGGACGUUUGAAGAAAUAAUGAAUCUUAAGAUCGAGGCAAUAGCUGAUACACCUUCUUUUAUUUUCCUUUGGGUUGGUGAUGGAGUUGGUCUUGAGCAAGGUCGGCAAUGUUUAAAGAAGUGGGGAUUCCGUCGGUGCGAGGACAUAUGUUGGGUGAAGACAAACAAAAGUAAUGCAACUCCAGGUCUGCGCCAUGAUUCUCAUACUUUGUUUCAACGCUCUAAGGAACACUGCUUGAUGGGCAUAAAGGGAACUGUUCGUCGCAGUACUGAUGGUCAUAUCAUCCAUGCCAACAUUGACACUGAUGUAAUUAUUGCUGAGGAGCCCCCUUAUGGUUCAACUGCAAAACCAGAAGAUCUGUACCGAAUAAUUGAGCAUUUUGCAUUGGGCCGCAGGAGGCUUGAGCUCUUUGGCGAAGACCACAAUAUUCGGUCAGGAUGGCUGACUGUUGGCAAAGGACUAUCUUCGUCAAAUUUUGAUGCCAAGGCAUAUACCAGGAACUUUGCUGACAAAGAUGGGAAAGUUUGGCAAGGAGGAGGAGGACGAAACCCCCCACCAGAAGCACCUCAUCUUGUUGUGACAACCCCUGAAAUAGAAGGGCUUCGUCCUAAAUCGCCCAUGAAGAACCAGCAGCAGACGUCAUCAAUUUCCAUCACAACCACCAAUUCAGGCGGCAAAAGGCAAGCCGGAAAUUCACCUCAGAAUUAUAAUGCUCUAGGUCUUAACCAAGAAACUUCCAGCCCCAACCCUUCUGCUGCAGCUCCUUGGAUUUCACCAAUGGAUGGUUUUAGAGACCGAGGUGGCAACAUUGUGGCUUCUGAUGACAGGGUUCCUGAGUUAUAUGGUUACGGCGCCUCCUAUGGGAUGGCAAAUGGGGAUUGCUUGGGUUAUGAAUCUCAUAGAGGAAUGAAUUUGUUGUAGUAAAAUUUUGCACGAGUUGAAUGUGCAACCAGGAGAUGAUAUGGUAGGCUCUUUUGAAAUUUGAGGCAGUAAAUGUGCGUACUUUGAGCAUGAACUUUUUUAAAUGCCUGCCCGCCCUCGCUGUUGAGAAAAGCAAAAUAGGAAAUAUGGAAAAACCCGCCCCUUUGGCAGUCCCAAAGGUUUCAUAUGGAGUUUGUGUAUCAAACAAUGCCCAACAAGUGGGGGCUUUAUAAAACACUCUUCUUGUUAAAGAAAUGGCUAAAUUUUUUGAUCAUUUUAAGUGGUCGUUUUA